AACCCGAACCCGAUCUCAUUUCAUCGGCGUGACAUCGCGCGCGCGCGAAGCAAUCCUCGACGCAAGGGGCUUUACGGGCAGCAGCACCACGCUCUCGACGCAUUUGGGCAGCACAGCAGCCAGAUGGACUCUUGCCUGUCCUCCGCCUCCGGCAGGGCUUCACCUGGCUCACCCACCACCAUGAUGGGGAGAUUAGCCUGUGGCCUCGACUUGCUACUGUGGGGUUCAAAUGAUGUGAGCUUGGAAGAUUUACCGCCCCACGGCAGCGAGACCUGGCAGUGGUUCAUCUCAUCGAACCCUAAAGCCAUGCGCGCGCCCUUAGUCGCGGACCCAAAGACCGAGGCGGCGUUCCGGAUGCUCCGGUGUAGAGAUGAUGAUGUAUUUGUUUGCUCUUAUCCGCGAUGUGGCCUGUCCUGGGCGCAUGCGUUGUCAUGGCACUUGUUACGUUCAAAUGAAAGUGGCCAGCUGCCGUUCCGGGACCCUACUACAAUUGUAGGCGGUAAAGGACCGGUCUAUCCUGAUCAGCCCCCCACAAAAUGGACGCACCAGGACGUGUCGGCCCAGGCGCACCCGCGGCUGCUGUCGGGCCACUGUUCUGUACAACGUUUACCGCCGAGCUUCCUACAAUCAAAAGCUCGCCUGAUCGUCAUCGACCGGGACCCGCGCGAUGCUAUGGUGUCGACGUUCUUCCGGCUCAAGAGACUGGGCCAGAAGUUCCGGGCCUUGGAGUGCCACGACGCCCGACUGAAAGAGCUCGCCGACGCCUGCGAGGCCCUGACGCUCGAGCGGUGCUACGACGAUUUUGAUUCUCAAAAGACCUCGCUCGCGCUCGGCAUGGACGACGAGGCGCAUUACGAGACGCGGAAGCGCUCGGCGACGGAAGACGUCUCCGAGCUCGACUACGGCGACUACUACGAGUGGCACGCGCAGUACGCGUCACUAGCGUCACAGUUAGGUCAGAGGGUGUUGUGGCUCCACUACGAGGACCUCUCUACUGAUCCUCAUUCAGCGGCGGAACGUAUACAUACCUUCCUCUUCAGUAAACCGGCUACCUCCGAUAAGAUCGACGGGGCCGUGCGCUUCGCGAGCUUUGAUGAAACGGCGGCGCGCGGCGACGACGCGCUGCGCAAGGGCGUCGUCGGCGACCACAAGAUCUAUUUGAGUAGAGAGCACUGGGACGCCGUGGCCCACCAGUGCUGCCGACGAUUAGGUGGAUACGACGCGAUGCAUUAUCAAAUAGCGCGCCUCGUACAGGACGUGCCGUCAGCCCUAAAGCGCGUCCCGAAGUCGAAACGAAAGGCCGUCAAGGCGCUCUCCGCGCAGACGCGGCGGGCGCCGUCGGACUCGUGGGACCUGCCCGCGCCCGGUUCUACAAGAGCGUCGAGCAGCUGGUUCAAGCGCUAGUGAGUAAAGAAGUUACCCGUCAAACC